UUGUUAGAGAAAAUCCUGGAUUUUCAUGUAAAAUAUGGAAAGGAUAGAGCGCAUCAGGCACCGUAUGGUUUAUGCAUAGUGACCGCUAGCGGUAUUGCUAGUAAUUCUGUGAACUGAAGGUCACGAAUGAAGUGCAGUAUAGAAGACGUAACCACAACGGGCGACGAGAAGUGGUUUUUAUAGUCGUGAAGCUUUGUGAGAAUCGAGGAGUGCAGUGUUUCUGUGCACGUCCGUUCCCGGAAACUGUCUCGCUCAAGGAAGUUGGCGAUAAAGAGCAGCCAUGUACGGACUGAUCUUCGAGAACCUGAGCCAGUACGUGACUUCGGUCUACGGACCCGAACGCUGGGAGGAGAUUCGGCGUCGGUCGAGGAUCGAGCUGGCGACGUUCAGUACGCAUGAGGUGUACCCGGACAACUUUGUUCACAAACUCGUCAGCAAGGCGUGCAAGGUGCUGAAGAUGAGCGAACGGGACUUCCUCGAAGGCAUGGGCGUCUACUUCGUCUCGUUCCUGGCCCAGUACGGCUACGACCGCGUCCUGUCCGUGCUGGGUCGCCACAUGCGCGACUUCCUAAACGGACUGGACAACUUGCACGAGUACCUCAAGUUCAGCUACCCACGCAUGAAGGCGCCCUCAUUCUUCUGCGAGGACGAGUCCUCGACGGGACUGACGCUGCACUACCGGAGCACGCGGCGAGGGUACCUAUGGUACACCAUCGGCCAAAUCAAAGAAGUGGGCCGUCACUUCUACAAUACCGAAGUUCAAGUAGAAGUUCUGAAGGAGGAGUCCAUUUUCAACACACUACACGUCAUCAUGAGGCUCAGCUUCGACAAUAUGGCUUUCCAACCGCCGUCACUAAAGCUGUUGGAAAACAAUAUAUUCGUAUCGGCGAAGGUCCUGGACUCCUUAAUAAGAAGUCAUCGAGUGGGCAUUCAGGAUGAAGAGGACAUGGUGAGCAGAACUCUUCUACCGGUGAAGGCAUUCGUGUUCCUCGAAAUCUUCCCUUUCUGCGUCGUGUUCAACGAGAGCCUGCACAUCACCAACAUCGGCAACAGCCUGCAGGCCGUCAUGCCCGCCGUGGUCGGAAAGCGCAUACCCGAAGUGUUCGACCUGACCAAGCCAAUGGUGGAAUGCUCCUGGAAGUCGAUCAUGGGCCACACGAACAACGUGUUCGAGCUCACUUCCCUAGAGGCGGUGCGAGCCCGGUGCAACCUGGACAGCAACACAGACAACGUGUCACAAUGUGAUUUCAGCGAGAACGGUGAAUUCAAUUACGAAGACGCAUUGCUGCAUCUAAAGGGACAGAUGAUGUACAUGGACGAAUGGAAAAGCAUGGUCUAUCUAGCGACACCAGUGAUGCGCGACCUGGAGACAAUGGUCCUGACGGGACUCUAUAUCAAUGACCUCAGUAUGCACGACUUCAGCCGCGACAUGGUGCUUGCUGGACAGCAGCAAUCCGCUGAGCUCAAGCUCGCACUAGACCAGGAGCUCCAGAAGAGCCGUCAGUUAGAGGAGUCCAUGCGCAAGCUGGACAUUGAGAUGAAGCGGACCGACGAGCUACUCUACCAGAUGAUCCCCAAAACAGUAGCCGAUCAGCUGCGAAGUGGAGAGACCUCUGUCAACACCUGCCAGUACUUCGACUCGGUGACCAUUCUGUUCAGCGACGUGGUCUCCUUCACGGAGAUCUGUAGCCGAAUCACUCCCAUGGAGGUGGUCUCUAUGCUCAACUCCAUGUACUCCCUAUUCGACGAGCUCACUGAAAAGCAUGGUGUCUACAAGGUGGAAACUAUCGGCGACGCGUACAUGGUGGUGUCCGGUGCCCCUGAGCCGGAGCCCAACCAUUCGGAGAGGAUUUGCGACAUGGGACUUGCCAUGGUGAAAGUGAUAGGUGACCUUAAGGAUCCCUCUACAGGAAAGAGCCUCAAGAUACGCGUUGGUAUCCAUUCUGGUGCCGUGGUGGCCGGUGUUGUAGGCCUGAAAAUGCCGCGGUACUGCCUGUUCGGCGAUUCCGUCAAUACAGCAUCGCGAAUGGAAAGCACUAGUGAGGCCUUACGGGUGCACAUCAGUCAGAGGACGAAGGAACUGCUAGAUGAAUCAAAGUGGCUGAUUCAGGAGCGUGGAACGGUAGACGUGAAGGGCAAAGGCUCGAUGAAAACGUAUUGGCUCCAGGGAAAGAAAGGCCAGGCCAACGUCAACCGGCGAUACCCGGAUGCUCCGACUGUCCUUUCGACGAAGCAGGAGUCAAAGCGCCGCAAGUCCUCGGUUGGGGCCCGCUCCGUGUAUUCGCCCGUGACCUACGAGGAGAUAGCGAAGCACUCGCCAUCCAAUACGCCUCCACCCCACGGAGGAGGGAGUAUGACGUUGACGAAGCCUACGGCUGGCGUGAGUCCCACCACACAAACCGGAGGGAAUGCACCGGGCACUGCAGUCGUCAAGGACAUCACGGGGACCAUGGAGAUGUCGAAUGGCUCUUCACCCAAGCGUCGGACUAUAAGCGUUGCUCCCACCACCACGCCGGUGAACGCUUCGCCCCGGGAAACCAACGGUCGGCCCACUCCUCGCAAAACUGCGUGGACCGAGCUUGAGCUGAAGGUUCCUACACAGCCCCUGUCUCCAGCAUCGGUAGUCACCGUGCCGCCUCCGGCCAUGCUGACCACCGUCGGGCUGCAGCCGCCAUGCCAGCAUUGCACACACUGUCACAACAAUUACAAUCAGCAGCAACGAAGGCUGGCUGAUGCUUCGUCGGCCGAUUCUAGGGGCGACAAGAUGGGCUGUUGGGCAUCGUCACCGCCUCAUCGGGCUGGCGUCGGCGGUCAUCUUGCUUCGAACGCGAGUGCCAGUGGUGGUGCGGGUUGUUCCAUCUUGUGAGAAAAAACGCUUGGAGUGCCAAGGAAAACCAACUGGAUUGGUAGUACUGCAGAAGUUCACAAAAAGAGAACUUACGGACACUUGAACCGACUUGUUCAGUUUAUUGAAUGGCGAAAUGACCUUUGUCCGGACGAUAAUAGGACGUGUUUUCGGCAGUACGGACCUGAACAUCAGUCCUUGCAUGUUAUGAGACAGUGUAAUUGCAGCCAGAUGACCGCAACAUGGUUGUCCCCCAUGGAAAGCAAGAUUGUUUCUCCACUUGAAGCGAGAUCAUUGAAUCAGUGGGUAAGGGGUAUGGCAGAUGGGUACUAGCGGUCUGCAGAAAGCAGGCGAGAUUUUUCUGUGACUCACUUAGACCAGAAUCUCCGGUCACAUGAACGUAUCAGGUAAGAUAUAGCUUGAUAGAAGUAAUGCAACCACUCUGUAUAAGUGAAAAAAGAAAUAUUCCAAUGUGCAUUUUGAGGCGGUGCUUUUCGGCGACCUGGCGUCUAUAGCUUCACAAAGGCUUUCCUGAACAGUAAACGACGUACGACGAAAGUCUAAGAAAACGCAACUACAACAACAAUACCAACAACAAAAAAUGAUGCAAAUUGUUGCGCCUGUUCUAAUUUUCGUUUGGCAGAAUUCAGUGACGGUUGGAUGGUGCUUAAUUGUUACCCAGUCGAAAUAGAACAAUUAGAUCGCGUAUAAUCUAGUAUAGCGAUCCUAGAGUGAAACUGUCCAUAGACAGGUUCUGCCUAACGAAGCCAUGAUUGUUGCGUGCACAUUUACUUUGGGCUCUAUAACAUGAAAGUGUUCCAAUCUGUUUUAUUCCAAUCUUUUGACGUCAUGCUUACGUAACUACCGACACAAUCACGUUGCGGUGACUCAAAGCCUUGAUUGUAAAGCCCAAUAAAAUACUCUCCUCGUUUGUAGGAACUCACAUUUGCUUCCUUUUAAAGUAAAUAGUAUUGUCUACCGUGCAAGGGUUUUCUGACAAGAGGUGGGGAGCACUUAGAAAUUGAAAGAACUUCAGUGGGGGCGGGCUAGUACAGUGGAAGUAAAUAGACGUUAGGAUGGAUAGUUGGGCGUGUUGGUUAAGCAUGAUCUGAAGUGAAGGCGCUAAAAUGACGGAGGACAAAGAAGUGUGUGUGUGUGCGUGUUUCUUCUUUG